ACCUGUGCCAGGUGAGCCUGAGGCUGAGAUCGGACGGGCGAAUCCCAUUCCGGAGCACACGUGGCGAUUGACAGGCAGCAAACAAGUAGAACGAAUGACGUCAACGAGCAGCACAAUAGAAAAUCAAUUUGCCAGCACACGCAUCUCGAACGACGAGUUGCGUAACAUUCGGAUGAAACAUGUCGACCUUAGGGAUCCCUACUUACGAGGAUGGAUUUCGAUUGGGUGGGCCACCAUCGGAAUGCUCCCUCAGGAGCAAGGCGCAGAUCGACGCGCUGUUCGAAGACUCCAGAUCGAUAUGCAGCUCGACCGGAGGAUGGUACGCCGGAUUGUCGGUGGUGAUCCCGAGCAACCCCGGCGACGCGAACGAGGAGCAGAAGAGGGUAAACAGCGCCGUCCAGGCGCGCAUCGAGGCGAUGUUCGCCUCGGUGGAGGCCGAAAGUGGAACGCCCGGUGAAUGUGCCGCCGCAAUCCUGCCGGUAAAAUACAUGGGAGCUGCCCCAGUCGGCGGGCGUGUGGCGAGCGUGCGGGGCCUUCAGGAACCUCUUCGUCAAUUAUUGGAACGCAUGGCAGGAUGCGUAAGGGCUGAGCUGGAGGUCUCCAGGCGCGGACUGACGUUCCGCACGAGCGAAGUCUGCGAGAAGAAUAAUCCUUUUCGCAGAAUAGCGGUAUGGAGUGCCCUGCGGCUGCGCUGUAAGAGAACACCGUCGGGCGACGUGCACCACGCCUUCCUGCCCUUGGUCGGCGAUCAGGAGCAGGGACAGACGAUGGAAGACAAGCACGCCGAUCUCUACAGGACAAUGCGCGGUUUGAAAUGUGAGGCGGAAUUCUAUCCUCCGAUCUUCGCCGUGAUUAUGCGACGGCCCGGGGCCGCCAGGCUCUUGGAGUGCCACGCGUUUGCCUGCGAAUGCGAGGAGGAUGCGGUGGCAGCCGCGGCCACGUUGUAUCGCGCCCUCCUCGCCGAUUUAGACGCGAACCGACGACGACCCCGCCACGCGAAUGGCGUCGGCUGCAUCAGCCUGGCCUCCGUUGUUUCCAGCAUUCGGGAGCCCAGUCUUAGCAGCAGGAUCAGUUGCUUGCUACCUCCGCCACCAAGACCUAGUGCGCCGCAUCCCGUAAGACCACCUAGAACCAAAAAGACUUCCGUGAGCAGCUCCGUCACUGAGGAUGAAGGCGGAAAGCCGAGCUUGCAGAAGGUGCCGCGUAGAAAGAAGAAGAAUUCCGACGUGAAAGCCGAGGACAUCCUUGAGGCGCGCGGAAGAAGACGGGACAACGCUAAGAUCGAGAAGAGCAAUCGAGACAUCGUGUUGUCCAGAAACGAGGAACUGCAAAAUACAAAGAAUAAAAUGUUUUCUGCCAAGGAUCAGAAUUCCUUGAGAAUUCAGGUAGAGUCCAAUAAACCUGAUAAUAAAAUUUAUAGCGCUCGUGACAACGAUAUAAACGGGAUCUACGAGAGGCAGUUAAACAAGUACGAGAAGCUGUACAAACGGAACAACCCGAAGAGGGAGCCAGCGGACGUAAAAGAUAACAUUUACGAAAGAAAUUACGGAUCGUACGAUUUAAAUCGAGCGGACACCGGGAAUCGCGAAUUGUACUCCUCCGGAACUGACAGCGUUUUGAUGUACGACAAGGUCAACAAGACCGGAAGAAACGAGAUGAACUGUAUGUACGAGCAAGCUGGUAGGAAGAAGGAAAAGAUAUACAGCCAGCGCAUUGAAGACGCCGAUAAGAUCUACAGUCUUGGGGAGGAAGACAUUUACACGAACAACAAAAAUAGCAAGAAUAACAAAAACAACAGCCAGAUGAAAAACUGUCAGGGGGACAUCUUCGCAAAGAACAUGAAGAAUAACAGACACUAUCAAUCGCAUCACGAACAUUCGGACGGUACGACAAAUCAGCAGAGACGCUCAAGAGACCCGGAGAGAGUCUACUCCGGCAAGAGAGUCAGCCGAGUCGUCACCAUGGACAAACCGUUGAGGAAAGAGCAAUCGGAUCCCGAUUAUUUGCCGAGCAUGGCAGAGUACAGUCAUCCACGGGCGAGAAGAAGAAGCAGAGCGGGCAGCGAGCCGCCCGUCAGCCAUUCGGAGAACGCUAACAGAAUGCUGCAGGAGAACGCGCUGAAGAGAUCGCAGAGCGACGUGGACGUAGACAGAGGAGAUCUGAUGACGAGGGUCGAGCUGCCUAGAAGGGGUAGCUUCCUGACCUCCGGAAACAGGCGGAGAACCAAUAACGUCAAAGGCGGCACCCCGCUCGGGUUCACGGAGCUAUUUGACGAAUUCAGAAAUCAGGAAGGCUUAACCAGCGUGGACGAUAUUUUGGCAGCCAUCAUAGGUAAUAAUUUAUUGCAAAAUAACAGUGUAAUUGGAAAAAAAUUUAAAUUUAAUUAUUUUCUCCCAGAUCCGGAAGGUAUGUCGUUCAACGACCUGAAGCCGCUCUACAAGGAGUUCUUACUGAAACUGGCCGCGACCCUGACGCAAGACGAACUCUAUCAGAGAUCCGCCAGUAUUAUGAGAAGGCGACGGAGACCACAGAGGCGAAGAUCGAGCCGUCGAUCUUGCUUACUGGGCAGAGCCAUAAAGAGGUCGGUCUCGAGGCUGAAAGGUGGUCCCACGGAAUUCACCUCCGUGAUAUUUCCGGCCAGAAGAUUGAACGACAGCUUCGGCAGUAGUUCGUCGUGCGACGUCCGGAACAAUCAUCGGAAUCGAGUGCUGGCGAGUAGACUCGGUAGGAGGAAAUCCUCGCGGAGGACGAGCAAGAACGGGAUGUGCCACACAACGUCGGAGGACAGCGAUACGUGCAGACGAUUGAGUCGUAAUAUGGCUGCCACCGCGAACAGGAGCAGCAGCGGAUACGUGAGCUGCAGCGAAUGCAGCUACGACUCCGAGUCGUGUACGUGCGUUUCAGCGGACAAGUGUUACUGCUCGUUGUCAAGAAGGGUACCGGCUACGCCUCCUGUACCAGGAAACACGGUUGUUUGCGCUUGUGACACCGACAGUUGCUCCGAAAGCAACAAGUGUUACUGCGCGAGGAAGCCGAUACAGCCGACUAUACUGGAGCAACUCAGGCAGAAGGGAAUUGUGCCGUCGGAGAGCACGCUCAGCAGAGGGGACAGUUCCGAGAGGAUUCGAGGCUCCAGACUGACCGGUAGUCACAGUUCAUCGCGCAACACCGAUUUCCUCAAGAGUCGAUCGUCGCCGGUUUGCGGUAGUUCAGAUAACUUGGCCUUAGAUUACGAUCUCUUCAGCCCGGGAAGAAGAUCUCAGCAGUCGUCCGGCAGCGAGAAGGUCCUCGUGGUUAGCGCCAGAGAUACUCAGGGUCGUUUGGUUUAUGUCGGUGGCGCGGAGCGGGACAAGAAGCAUUCCUCCCGCGGUAGCGGCAGAUCCGGGGCGCAUCAUGAAGCACUCUCCAUAAAGAAAAGUGCGGAAAUCGCCGCAAUUUUCGGUGCGGGCGAGAAUAACAGAAUCUCAAGAAGGGCUAGUAACGCGUCGAGUAUAAGAAGUUCAAUCAGUCUCGAAGCUGGAUUAGGCUACUUACCCUAAUGGAAGUAUUCUAAUAUAUUUCCGAUAGUACUCUCACAUAUUUAAUAUUUAAUAUUAUGAUGUGCGUGUUCGUGUUCAACACCUUGCCAUUCGCGUUAUGAUCGAAGAAGAAUCGUUCACGAACAUAUCGUGAUUCAAUUAGUCGUUUCUCAAUAAAUAAUAUACACACCUCUACUUACUCGUACCUGUUUCAUCUUGAGAAAGAUUUUAGUGCGUAAGUUACAGGAAAUAAAAAUUAUUUAUAUGCUUUAUUCCAAUUUUAAAGAUCGGCGCUUAUUUCUAAGCGUUAAAAAUCAAGUUAUGAAUCUUUUUUUGCUACGCUGGACCUGAUAGCUUAUUAUUAACGAUAAAACGGGGCAGUGCAAUACGAGAAAUGAGAUGCAAAGAGUCAAAUGUAUUAUAAAUUACCUUUUUUUAUGUUUGUUUCUUCAUUAGAUAAGUAUUAUGUACACUGUGUAUGUGCAAUACUUAUAGAAUAAUAUUAUAAAUAUUAUACAUAUUUAUAAUACAAAUUUUUGCACUAUCUAUGUAUUGUUAAUAAAGUCUUCAUCCAUUUUAU